AUGAACUUCCUGAUGCAGCGGAAUGAGGCAAAAGGGAAGGUGGGUAGAAGGAGGGGAGGUGAACUGGAUGGGAAGUGGAAGGCGGAAGAGGAGAGUGGGAGGAAAGCGGGAAGGGGGAAAGAGGGAAAGGAGGGAGGGGAGAUUAGAGAGUGGAAGGGAAGAGUAAGAGUGGAAGGGGAGAGGAAGAGUGGAAGGGGAGAGGAAGAGUGGAAGGGAAAAAGGAGAGGAAUGCGUGGGUGA